AUGGAUGAAUUAAUAGAAAUUUUAAUUGAGUUGGAAGGCGAACCGUCUUUGAACGUGUUUAUUGAAAGCGGUCUAACUAAGGAAUCAUUGAAGCUCCUAAACCCAAGCCAUUUGGAUACAUUGAUCGACACAUCGCAGUUUGGACCAAGGGUAAUUUUUGAGCAUAAUCUGCUCAAUUGGCAAGCGCAACAGGGAAUAAAAACACAAGCCAUUCACACUGAGGCAUGCGCUUUAUUGGCAAAUGAAUAUCGUGGCGAGGAAUCUUUUGAAGCAAUACUCAGUAAGUCGGCGGGUGGAUCACAAAUCCUGAAAUACUAUGCGCAAAAAAAUCCUGAAAUACUAUUAAAAACAAGUUUUCUAACCUCGAUUUCAUUUACACAGGAUAUAUAUUACAUUCAUAAGAAAGGAAAAAAGCCAGGUGGAUCUCUGUAUGCUAAGUAA